CGUGAAGGAUCUACGCAAAGGUUUUGUGGCCUUAAAUUUUAUAAUAAAAAAAGUGAUAAAAUUAAAAAUUUUUUGCACAUGAGUUAAUGUGUGCUAUAGAAAAAGACUUGUUAAAUUUUCGUUUUGUUUUAUGUUUUUCUUUAAGUUUUUUUUGUUAAAAAAAAGUAUUAAGUUUGUUUGAUAAAAUUUAAAGAAAUUAGUUUAAAAUGUUUUUAAGUCUUUAGAAAGUUUAUAAGCAGCAAAAGUUGGACAAAAUUUCGUUAAUUUAAGAAACAUUUGCUUAAGCUCUUACAGCAACCCUCCUUCCCAGCUACCAGCAAUCUUAAUGCUUAAGUGGACCAAACAACAACAACAAAAUCUUCAACUCUUUCAAACUCUUUCGCAACCGUCCUCCAAUACUCAAAACUCUCGUAAUUCUACAAAUUUCCCACAAUCCUCUACUUUAAAAUCUUCUAUCGACGCCUCCAGCAAACCUCGCCAAACACGUUACACUACCAGCUCUGACCAUCCAUCCCACGUUCAAAAAAUGCCCACCAUGACUCAUACCUUAGAAAGACGUAUACACCGCCGUUCUUUAGACAAUCUUUUAGAUUCUCCUUUGGAAGAACGUCGUAGAUCACGCCAUUCUUUGACGGGUAAUCAUAAUAAGGAGAAUUUUGGUGUACACUUUAUGCGCAACUCUUUUGGCAAUACUAGUCUAACGGCUCUGCAUGAUCUCAGUAAUGGCAAGAGUCCUAGAAGGUCUCAAGAACAAGCUACACCCCCUACUCCUUUAACCUUAAACAUUAAGAGGUUUAAUACAGCCGCGGUAACUACUAUGGAAAUGACUCCUACGGGAAAUAAUAAUGCUGGGGGGGAAAUGACACCUAGAUUUUCGGAUGACUUUGCCGAGGAAGAUGAUGUGACGCCCUUGUCGAGAUUGAAAUUUAGAAACAAAUUGAAAGAGGAUUCUUUGUCUUCCUCCAGAAUGGGAGAUGUUACUUUGGAUAGAAUGUUGGAUGCCAUUAUAGAAAGUGCCCGUAAAGAGGUGAAACCCAAGUGUCUGCAUAAGCGCAUUGAAGAGAAUAACCAACAAGAGAAUCCAGCUAAUGAGGAGAGCAUACAUGAAAUGGAAGUAAGAACGCCGCAGCAUUUGAAGAGGCAGAGAGUAGUGAGAAGAAAAAAUCCCAAGAACACGGUGAAAAAGAACAAAAAAGAGAAGCCCAAAGAAGAAACCAAAACCUUAAACAAAACUCUAGAGGAAAUGGAAGUAAAAAAGGAUAACCGAGAAAACGAAAUGAUAGGCUUAACUCUACCCAAUGGCAUACCCAGUCCUGAGACCCCUUUAUUUAAGAAUUCUCAAACACAAAAAGCUUUAUUAAAUAUGGAAACUCCACCCCAACACCUGACCUUUGAGGUGGAAAAUGAUAUACAAAGAUGUAGUACACCAACUCUAGAAGAGCUACCCUCCAUAAAGAGAUGUUUAAGUUUCUCCUGUAACAGUGAGGAAGAGGAUGAUUAUCAACACUUGCAUAAAAGAAGCUCAGUGGCCUCUAGCAUAGCCAGUUCGACACAAGAGCAAUUAAGUGGUAGUUCUUCUUCAUUGACAGCAAAUACCGUAAAGGGUUCUCUUGACGUGGCCAUUUAUAAAGAACAGGAAUCCUUAAAUGUACAUGUCAUUCGCUGUCGUGAUUUACAGCGCAGCAACGGUUCUUCCAAUCUCAAUGCUUAUGUCAAGGUGGCUUUGAUACAAAAGAAUCAAACUGAACAUCAAGGUUUUCAACGCACCGCUGUACAUCGUCAUUCUAGUCGUCCCUAUUUUGAUCAUUGCUUCAAAUUCGAUCUGUCCGAUUUAUCUCAAGCUUUAGAGGAUUUAGAUGAAGAUGAUCGUUUACAAAUGGCCGUUUGGCAUCGUGAUAGACAACUUAAACGCAGUGAAUUUCUAGGUUGUAUAUCAUUUCCAUUGUCCACUUUACUGCAGCAACAGGAAAUCAAUGGCUCCUAUAAAUUACAAACCCAAACAUGUCUAAAUAAGCCACAGCAGCAACACUGGCAACAGCAACAACACCAACUUCAACAUCACCAACAGCAACCAACAUUAACCAACUCAUCAUUAGCAGCAGCAGAGGCUCAACAAGCAGCCGUCAACACCACCACCACUUUUAAUCAUUAUUGCCCCAAACAGUCAUUAGCAAAUAAUCAUUUUAUAUCUACAAACUCGCCACCCACAUUAACCACAACAAUGGCCACCACUAUGACCCAAAUGCGUAAUACAGAUGAUGCUGUUAGUAUUGAUAGCAUGGCCACCGGUCAACUGGGUGCUGAGCAACAGCCCAUGAUUUUAAGCAAAAAAGCUUUACAUCAACGUGAUGCCGAUGAAAAUCUUUUCUUAAGAUUCUUGGAAUUAGAUCCACCCAUAACAGAUCCUCCACCAACACAAGGUGGUACACCGGUGGCCGGCAGAAGAUUAUCAAAUCCUAAGCCAAUGGGACGCACACCCUUUACCAUGACCAAAAAGUUAACACGUACAGCUGAACGGGGCUUUGGUUUCUCGAUCGUUUGGACCCAUCCUCCAAGAGUAGAAAAGGUUGAGCCUGGACUUUCGGCCGAUCGCUGUGGCAUCUAUCCUGGUGAUUAUGUUAUUUUUGUCGACAAACAUAAUGUGGUCACUAUGCCCGAGGCUGAUGUUCUAAAUCUUAUACGUUCCCAAGGUGCUACACUCACUUUGGAGAUUUUCAGAAGAUCAGGUUCUGGCACAAAUGCUGGUGCUGCUGGCAGCAGUAAUAAUACCAUGACUACGGCAACACAUCGCUCUUUGGCCACCACAUUACCCAUGAAUGGUAAGAGUUCGCGAAUGGCUGCUAGUGGUACCAGUAUCAAUAAUCCUGUAGAUGAAAUAAUGAGCGUAACUGUAAUGGCUGGUGGUGGUGGUGUGAAGCAGCAGCAACAACAACCACAUCGUCCCUCGACUGCCUGUUCGGUGAAUACGAAUUCAUCGUUGGAGGCCGCCAAAAGAAGAUUGAAUUUACCUCAGGUUACGUUUAGUAAAGAGAGCAUUGCCCCCAUAACCGACAACCGCAGACGUUUCCUUUUACAACUAAUCAGCAGAGAACAGAAUUUCAUGUCUGCAAUACACUUUGGCAUGCAACGUUUUGUACAGCCCCUGCUAGAACGUAAAGAUCUUAUAACACCCAAUGAUCAUCGAACAUUAUCAAAUAUGGAUGAAUUGUUAAGAAUAUCAGAAGAUGUUCUAGAGCAAUUGUGUCACGAUGAUCAAGAGCCACAAAUGAAUUUUGCCUCCAGAGUAUAUUUGUCUAAGACCACAGCGAUAUGUGCAGCCUAUAAGAAGUAUUGUAAUGGUAUUAAAAGAGCGGAUUGCGUAUUGGUCAAUAAGUCCCGUCAAACUGGUUCUGAAUUUGUGAACUUUAUAACCGAACCGCCAGUGCCUCGUAAACGUCCCGACUUAACGAUGUUUAUACACCGUCCUCUCCAGCAUUUUCGUGAAAUCUUAAAACUAAUGCAGCUUUUGGCUUCCAAUUGUCACGUGGACACGGAAGAGCACAAAAAUUUCAAUAGUGUUAUUAAUGAGCUGCAAGCAGCUUAUCGUGAAAUUACCGUUACUAGUGGUCUGAUGGAACCCUUGGGUGAGGGUAGACCUUUGCUUACCUUACAAGAUUUGGAGUCCAGAAUGGUGUUUACCAAAUGUAAACCAUUUACCUUGGCAGUGCAGGGUAGACAAUGGAUAUUUGGCGGCGAUUUAUCUAGGGUGGAAGGACGUUCGGUGAAACCCUAUUGGACUUUACUGUUUAGUGAUAUUAUAGUAUUUGCCAAAGUUAGUAGAGAUCGUGUACUGUUUAUUACCGAAGAGCCCAUACCCAUAGCGAAUAUUGUGGAUUCGUGUUUUCAUAUGAGAAAAAAGACUACAGAGUUCCGCCUUACUGUAGAUCCCAAUGGUCGUUUAGCUGAAAGUCCCACCGGUUAUUGUGCGCCCGAUUUGACUAAGACUCCUAAGAAAGGGGCACGACGUAAGAGCUUAGUGUUGAGAGCUCCCUCCUUGGAAUUGAAAGCUGUUUGGCAGAAUCUAUUGCAAAGACAAAUAUUCCUAGUUAAUGCCGCUCUGGGCUCAACACCUUUGUCCAGUCCCCUGGACUCACCUGAUGUUCUCAACACCUUGGUGCCGCUUAGUGACAUAGGCAUUGCCUCGGCCUCUAUAGGUUCCAUAAAACUCUCCUCCAUGGACAGUAUCAAUAUGAAGAAUCAACAGCAUCAUCAUCAACAACAACAGAAUAAUCGCUUGUCCAGCAAUGUUUCCGAACAAAUCGAAAAACUUAUCGAUGAAAAAUGCCGUAUACUCAAUAAAACCGGUACACCCAAGUCUAGCGCCUUACACUUGGCCAACUGGAUGAAGGGUCAGCUGGAUAAACAGCAAGAACAGGCACGUUUAGCUGUGGCCCACUCUCUAACGGGAGAACCCUCACCGCCUCCAGGUCAUACUGACACAGAGGAUGCCGUCACGUAUCAAGAUCAGGAUCACGAUCACGAUGAACGUAUCACCUACUGGACCCGCCAGCAAUUGGAGAAACGUACAAAAGAAUUGAAUUUGGCCAAGGAGAAUGGCCACUUUUCGGUAAAGCCAAAUUUUGGUGGUAAACGUUUGAGUGGUGUCGAUGAGAUGAGCAUGAGUGAUGUCAUCUCAUUUUCGGAGGGUGUUAGUCAGAUCAGUCAGUCGCAUAGUACAACAUCGGAUAGUCAGAUCACCGUACGUUCUAGUCCCAUUGUAUUAGAUAAAUUAGCCGUUUGUCGUCAUUGUCAUAAAAAUUGCCAACAACAGCAGCAACAUCAACAGCAAAAUGCCAGUCCUACAUCGCCCCAUCAAUCAAAGAGUCAUCAUCAUGGAGAGGCAUUGAGUGGAGAGGAUAAAACUAAAUGUCCUCUCUCUCCCAAUUCACAAAUGCGCUCAGCCUCGGCGUUAAUUUGUCACUCACUAAAGGUACAACAUAGUCAAUCAUCACCGCAACGCUGUUGUAAUGUUAACGGUGGCGGCGGCGGUAGUAGUAAUAGUCAAGCCAGUAGUGUAACUAGCAUAUCAUCUGGUACGGUAACGGGUGAGAAACCUGGCGAUAAUCAAGCGGCUAGUAGUAGUAGAUGUGAUGUAGGUGAUACGGAAAGUGAUGUGGCGCAAUUAAUAUCCGAUGAUGUUUAUCAAUCAGAGGCCACGGAUGAUGGGAAUACGGCGGGUAAUACCAGUAGCAGUAUCAGUAGCAGCGGUGUCGAGGAGGCGCGAAGAAGAAUCACCGACAGCAUCCAUAAAUUACGAAUUCUAGAUGAACACAAUGAGGCGGCUAUUCUCAUGAAUGGUCACUGUUCUAAGCAGGAAGAGACAACAACGACGACGACAACAACACCCAAUACGACAGCCACCAGCACGGCCACCUCUUCAGGGACAGAGAGUGAGGAAAAAGAGCAGUUUAAACCAGAACCACCACCUCGUAGGUUUGCCAGCAUACAACCGCAGAAAGCUAAAGAAUUGGAGGAGGAAACUAAGGCCAAUGAAAUGGUUAAGAUGAGUGUUACCAUUACCGAAACGGCCAAAAUAGUUAUAGUGGAAGAUACUAAGGUAGUGGUUACCCCCACCAAGGCUCCCAGAUCACCCAAAUCCCCUAAGUCUCCCAAAUCACCAAAAUCCCCCAAGACACCUUUAACACCCAAAUCGGGAAGAUCGGUAAGCAGCAGCACCAAAUCUCAGCAAUUUGUGCCCUGCACUUGCAAAUGUUUACCCGAAGACUUUGCCAAUACUACACUAAGUCCCGAGGAGGUGGAACUGAAAACCUGUAAAAUGCUGGAAUCACCCAAACAAUCUCCCACAAUGCCAAGAUCUCUGCAAACGGAAGAGGAAAGCAAAAACUCCUCCGAUGAUCCUCACAAAUAUUGUAAAUGCACUUGUGAUAAAACCAUACAGGAAAAUUUGAAUACCAAACAGGAUAAAGAAGAUGAUGAUCUUUCCUUAAUGUUAAUUGGCCUGGCCCAAUUGACGCCGGCCGCCAAACUAUUGAACAUGAAGACUCCCACGGCUCCUGUGCCAACACCCACCCAAAAUUUUGCUUCUUAUACAGAGAAUGGUUUUGUGCCUACCAUAUCCAUAGUGCCCGCCACCCCCGAUUCGGUGCUAACGAAAACUACCACGAAUGUAUGGGAUAAUACCACUCAUGUCACCACCAGUACAGCUACAGCCAAUUUAAUCAGUUUAGGUCCACGGCAGGCAGUUAUAGAAAAUAUACCCGAAGAUUCUUGUGAUGAAUCCCCUAUAGAUGAGGAGCCACCAUAUCGGCCCAUGUCUAGUACUCUUAGGCGUUUUGGCACUAUGUCUAGCUUGGAACGUUUACCCUCCGAAGAUCGUUUGGAAGACAAUCUAGAUGACUAUGAUGAUGAGGAUGAAGACGAUGACGAGGAAGUGGAUGAUGAAGAUGAGGAACUAAUGGAUAAGGCUAGAGCCGAUAACAUAGAACUGGACAAUGAAAUUCGCGUGGUAACUAAGGCUAUCUAUGAGAAUUCCGAAGAGGCCGGCUCUUCGAAUAGUUUGAAUGGUAAUGCCUGGACAAGUCGUGCCUCAACAUUUGUAUCGGGAAAAAUGUCAUUCUUUGAAGAGUCGCGCGCCUUUAUAGACAAAUAUUUGGGAAGAUGGAAUCAAGAACAAGCUAAUGUGGGUAAUGGUUCGGGCAUAACCUCAGAUCCGGAAGAGCAAAUGGACGAGUGUACUUCAGGUGCGACGUCAGGAGAAGAGGUAUGGGGUACACCCACCAGUGGGGGAGACAAUGAUGACCUACAUUUGGCCAAUUCGGAAAAUACCCAAUCGUCUCCCACCAAAUCGAGCAACUCUUUAAAUGAUGACGAUGAUACCGAGCUUAUGAUGGAUGAAUUAUUAAUGGCUCCUCCCAUGUCGGCCAGCACUAUACGCGGUCUAUUGCCACGGCGACGCCUAGAACCCCUAUUCGAGGAGGAAACGGAAAGUGAUGAGGAAAAGACACAACAGGAAAGUGAAGAAUUGAAAAAGGGGGAAACAACGACAAAUGGCCACUAUUUAGAGGAUUCGGAAGCUGGAAGUUCCAGCGAGGAGGGGGAGGAAGAGGAGGAGGAUCUGGUGAAUACAGCGGAUUACGACGAGGAGGACGAGGAUCUGACCUCAACGGAGGAGAGAUUACAACCGAAUUUACAAACCACCAGCUUGGGUCCUCGGCCGCUAAGUCAACCCUUACUACCGCCAGCAGUUCUGAAGGCCUCAUCCUGCGAGUACCUCUUGGAUCAGCCAGCUGUUCCUAUAGCAACCACCAGCAUGACAGUCAUAAGUUCUUUGGCAACUACUAUCCCCGCCACAGCAACGAGUUUACACACCUCCUCCAAAACCAUGGUAGUAAUCUCAGCCUCAACCACAUUAAUGAUGACAGCAACGGCAGCCACAACGAUGGUGCCGAAGAGCCAGCAGAUAAUGACAACGACCUGUUCUUUGACGGACUCAACAAUAGUACAGACAACACCGAGUCCGGCUCCCUUGUUGGCAUCUACAACAAUCAGCAGCGUGAACGCCACUAUCAGGAAAGACAAAGACGUUUACAGCAAGGAAGAGGAGAAGAAGACAGCCAAAACAUUGCCACGACCAGCGAAAUUUAUACCACCUCCACCGCCGCCACGCCGUCUGUUAUUGACUCAAACAAAUCUAAAGACCAGUGGUCAGCCUCAAAAACCCUUAAGACAGCCCCCGCUUCCACUAAAAUCUGGCGUUUCUGCUGACGAUGGCUUUUCAGUGGGUGUCAAAGACGUCGGCGACGUUUGCGACGCUCCCACGGCAAAUAUCAGCGCACCUCCUUGCACAGCCACGAUGACGAAGACCAUGAUGACGACGACGGCGACGACGAUGAAGACGAUGAGUACGGUCAAGCCCACGAAAAUUCCUCAACCCAUCGAGGAUGUUUACAAUAUCAAAAAGUAUUCAGCAGUAAUCGCUUGCAAAGCCGAAACUGUGUCACCCUCAACGAAACCACGACACUCGUCAACAAUAAUCGAGACCUCGCUGCUGGGCUCGGUGGAAGCCGGCAGCAACCGAAACCCGCUCUACAACUCAUCAACAACAGUUUCGACGAUGAAGGAGAAAACAACACCAAUAACAACAGCAACAACAACGAAGAAAGAACACAAAGAUCAACAACUACAACAGCAGCAGCAUCAGCAGGAGAAGAAAGACAAAGAUCCCAAACAGAGGAAGAAGGAGGAGCAUUCGCAACAGAAAGAGGCCGCUACAGACAAAGAUUCGAAAUCGGCUUGUGCACAGCCCGUAGGAGCUGGCUCGGGUUUAAGUCCUCGCCUGGAGAUGCGUUUGGCACUCAAUCACGAUAUACUGGGCGACGAAGACUUGAUAAGUUACGAUCCUGGACCAGAUCUAACAACUAUUCUGGGGCACGACCUCUCCACCUUUCAACGACGGACGGGUCGCGAUUUAUUGAAUCGCUCAGCCACGAAUCGUGUUCAGCCCAAAGAGGCUGUCAUAUCGUUCUCUCAACAGCGAAACUCGAAGAUGGAUACACCCACAGUGAAUCGACGGCCACGACCUCAAAUCAACAGCAGCAGCAACAACACCCCACAGAACAACAGCAACAAUUACAACACCAGCAGCAGUCCGGCUUCGUCAAUGCCUUUCGUUGGCUCGGCACGUGUAGGCGGCGUUCCACAACACCUGCAGCCAAAUCGAAAUACAUGGAGCAGUUCUGUAUCUGUGGAUCGCAACAGAGACGGGAGCGUCAGCGACGUAAGCAGCAGCAAAAAUAUCAAUUACAACAGAGGCGACAGCAAAUUAAGCGAUCUCGAGAUCUUAGCGAGACGCGAGAAGAUAUACUGCAUGUCUCAAUUGAGGAGUGGCUCACAAGUCAAGAUGGGGACGAAGAUGAUGACGACGACGGCGUCAACGGCAACGAUGAUGAAGAGCAACAAUUUCUACCACAACAACAAUCCUCUGACGAGGACGACGAGUACUACUUCGAUGGGCGCUGCGACUGAGGAUGUUACACAUACGCCAAAAAUGGCCCAAAGACAACGUAAAAUAGGGCGUGAUGAAUCCGCCCUAAUGGAAUCGGGAAAGGCUAAUAAAUUAAUAAACUUUAUUAAACGUCGUAAUUCAGAUCCCUCAACCGCCAAUAACUCACAAACCUCGCUUAAUGAUUCAAAUGCUAGUAGCACACCGCAGCACACAAAAAUACCCAUGUCACCAAGAAAAGAUAAUGACAAGCCCUCCUUAAAUCGCCGUUUAUGGAAACAAAUAACCAAACGUCGUCGCUCAAAUUCUGUCUCAGAACUUGUGGCCUCUUAAGGUGUCUUGGAUUUUUAACACAAAUUUUGUGCACCUUUUUUGUCGUACUUAUGUGAUCCAUCAUUAGUCCAAAAUAUUUGCUCUUCUGUUUGUACUUAAAUAAUUUUAACACAUUUUUUUGAUAGUUAGUACUUAAUUAUUUAAGUAGACUUGUAGUUUGUGUGUGGUAGUUUGACUCUUUGCCCUUAUUUAUAGGGUCUCGAGAGUAUUUGUUAAGUAUAGUUAAAAGUGAAAAUAAAUACGUGAAAAAAAUUGUUGCUAAAUUGAACUGAUUUUUGUAGUAGAUUUAUAAGCCAAUGUUUGUCUUUUUUAAGUUAAGCCAAAAACAAAUUUAAAAAACUCUAAAAACGUCCUUGAAAGCUUUAAAAAAACUUAAAAAGAAAAUUAGUUGUCAAUUAACUAAAGAAAUUAAACCAUGCUGAAAAAAAACUAAGCCUUAGUUUUGCACUUGAACUGUUGAAAUAAGUUUAAGUUGAGGUUAGUUUACUCAAGCCCACAAUAACUGGAUAUCACCGAAAAAGACUUUAAGUAUGAAGAAAUUUAGGCAGUCAUUAAGGUCUAAUCUUUUUUCUUUACUAAACCAAAGAUUUAAACAAUUAAGAAUAUUUUGUAGUCAAUGCAAAACUGAACAAUUUUUCAGUUCUACUUUAGUUCUGUUCUAGUUCUGUUCGAGUUCUGUUCUAGUUCUGUUCUAGAUCUGUUCUUGUUCUGUUCUUGUUCUGUUCUA